AUGGCUAAACUUGUUCCUCUCCUUCUCGUUCUCUUUUCCCUCCUCCUCCUCCACGGCGUCGAUCCAGCUCCUCCUCCGCACGCGUGCGAUCCCUCCAACCCCACGACGAAACUCUUCCAGUUCUGCCGCACUGACCUCCCGAUCAACCAGCGAGCUCGCGAUCUCGUCUCGAGGCUAACCAUAGACGAGAAGAUCUCGCAGCUUGUGAACACGGCUCCAGGGAUACCACGUCUCGGAGUUCCGGCGUACGAGUGGUGGUCGGAGGCUUUACACGGCGUAGCCGACGUUGGUCCCACUCCCGGAAUCCGGUUUAACGGAACCGUUAAAGCUGCCACUAGCUUUCCUCAAGUUAUCUUAACCGCCGCUUCUUUCGACUCCUAUCAAUGGUUCCGCAUUGCUCAAGUGAUAGGGAAGGAAGCGAGAGGAGUGUACAACGCAGGGCAAGCGAAAGGGAUGACGUUUUGGGCACCGAACAUUAACAUAUUUAGGGAUCCACGGUGGGGAAGAGGCCAAGAGACUCCCGGAGAAGAUCCGACGGUUACCGGAGCUUACGCUGUUGCUUACGUCAGAGGACUACAAGGUGACUCUUUCGACGGUAAGAAAACACUCUCCGGUGGUCAUCUCCAAGCUUCCGCUUGCUGUAAGCAUUUUACUGCUUACGAUCUUGACCGUUGGAAAGGUAUCACUCGCUACGUUUUCAAUGCUCAGGUGAGUUUGGCUGACCUGGCAGAGACAUACCAGCCACCGUUCAAGAAAUGCAUAGAAGAAGGCAGAGCCAGUGGCAUCAUGUGCGCUUACAACCGUGUCAGCGGCAUUCCCUCUUGCGCUGACCCCAACCUCCUCACUCGAACCGCACGUGGCCUCUGGCGUUUCCACGGAUACAUUACCUCCGACUGUGACGCCGUCUCAAUCAUCUACGACGAGCAAGGCUACGCCAAAACCCCAGAAGACGCCGUCGCCGACGUCCUCAAAGCCGGCAUGGACGUAAACUGCGGAUCAUACUUACAAAAACACACCAAAUCAGCUCUCCAACAGAACAAAGUGUCCGAAUCAGACAUCAACAGAGCUCUCAUCAACCUCUUCUCCGUCAGAAUCCGUCUCGGUCUCUUUAACGGCGAUCCGACCAAACUGACAUACGGAAACAUCAGCCCCAACGACGUCUGUUCUCCGUCUCACCAGUCUCUAGCCCUCGAAGCAGCUCGCAACGGCAUCGUCCUCUUGAAGAACGCGUUUAAACUCCUCCCUCUCUCCAAACGCACCGCGUCGCUGGCCGUGAUCGGUCCAAACGCUUACGCCGCGAGAACGCUUCUCGGAAACUACGCCGGCCCGCCAUGCAAGUCCGUGACGCCUCUUGACGCGAUCCGCGGUUACGUCAAGAACGCGGUUUACCACAAAGGAUGCGUCGACUCAGUGGCUUGCUCUAACGCUGCGGUCGAACAAGCGGUUGCGGUCGCGAGAAACGCUGAUCGCGUGGUGCUGGUCAUGGGACUAGACCAGACUCAAGAGAAGGAAGAUAUGGACCGUGUUGAUCUCAGCCUUCCAGGGAAGCAACGAGAGCUCAUAACAAGCGUUGCCAAAGCUUCAAAGAAUCCGGUCGUUCUUGUUCUGCUCUGCGGCGGUCCUGUCGAUGUCUCAUUCGCUACGAACGACGAUAAGAUCGGAAGCAUCAUUUGGGCUGGUUAUCCCGGAGAAGCCGGAGGGAUUGCUCUUGCUGAAAUCAUAUUCGGAGAUCACAAUCCAGGAGGGAGAUUACCGGUGACUUGGUAUCCGCAGAGCUUUGUGAAUGUGAAGAUGACGGAUAUGAGAAUGAGGUCAUCAGGUGGAUAUCCAGGAAGGACUUAUAGAUUCUACAAAGGAAGUAAAGUGUUUGAGUUUGGUCAUGGUCUAAGCUACACAACUUACGCUUACAAGUUCAGGACUCUUGCUCAAGCUCUCUAUUUGAACCAAUCCAAAGCUGAAACCAACUCGGACUCUGUUAGAUACGCUUUAGUUUCAGAAAUGGGGAGAGGAGGUUGCGAUUUGGCUAAGACUAAAGUUAGUGUUGUGGUUGAGAAUCAAGGAGAGAUGGAUGGGAAACAUCCGGUGUUGAUGUUUGCUAAGCAUGAGAGAGGAGGAGAAGAAGGGAAACGUGCAGAGAAACAGCUUGUAGGGUUUAAGAGCGUUGUGCUAAGCAAAGGAGAGGAAGCAGAGGUUGAGUUUGAGAUUGGUGUUUGUGAGAAUUUGAGCAGAGCUAAUGAAGUUGGAGUCAUGGUUGUCGAACAAGGUAAAUACUUCUUAACCGUUGGAGAUUCAGAGCUCCCUCUAUCGGUUAAUGUUUGA